AUGGAACAACAAGCAGAAGAGAUAGAUGUUAUUGUUCCAAAACAUAGGUCACGCUAUGUAUCUGUUAAACUCGAACAUAUACGAGUUAUGGUAACCACUGGGAGACAUAUCGCUCUCAGCUUUAAUAUCGAGGAUGGAGUUAUGAAGCUGACGACUGUACCAGAAACCGAAGAUAGAGAAGACAUUCAUAGAUGUGCAGCAUUCAUCAAAGCUGUAAUAUUGGGGUUUAGUAUACCAACGGCAAGUAAGUUUCUCCACAGAGACAAUUUGAAGAUUGGUUCUUUGAAGAUUAACACCAAUGACACAUACAUGAAACAAAACAUAAUCAGGACCAAGUCUGCAAUUGAAGAUUUUACUAAAACCAACAUUUUAGUAAACAAGGACGGCAACCAAUUAUACAUACUAGGAACUCCAUUAUUUAUCAAGAAUGCCAGUGAUCAUAUUUCUCAUCUAAUCUCAUUGUACAACUAA